AUGAUUGCCUGUUUCGUCCUGGGUAGUGUCCUGGCCUAUGGCCUGGUCAUGGUAUUCUAUCGACUACAUGUCCAUUCACUAAGCAAGUACCCCGGACCCUGGCUCGCCGCAGUCACAGGUCUAUAUGAAAUGUAUUUCACGGCAUGGGGAGCCGGGUCUUUCGAAGAUGAGAUUGAUCGAAUGCACCAGAUAUAUGGGCCCGUGGUGCGCAUAACACCAGAUGAAGUGCAUAUUCAGGAGCAAAGCUAUCACACCAACUACGCCGACGGCUGGAUCAAAGGCACCAAGGGACUCGAGACUGGUCGACAGCCCUCCGCAAGAACAAGCCAGCAUUUCCAAACAAAGAAGAGAUCAAUCUCAAGGGCUAGAUCAAUUCUCCAAGUGGAAGUUCACCAGAUCAUCCGUGGCCUGGUACAAAGACACCAGCUACACCGCGUGUUCGGUUCGCCAUUCCCACCCUUCAUCCCUCUUCCAGGUGUUAGUGGACUCGCCCGAAGCGAUCCGGAAGAGAGUGAUCUAGAAGACGGGCAUUAUAGUCUGGAUCGAUCGAUUGGCCCGGCAAUACCGAACCAGUCCCAGGAAAUGUCUUUGAUAGCAGGAAGCCAAGGUUCCUGA